UUAUUACACCGGGAUCACUUUUGAUAUGCAACACAAUCGACACUGUUUUUAAAAACAAUUUGUAAUAUUUCACAUUUUCUUAAAGGUUUUUUUACAACCUCCACUUUUUCCCGUUCUCUGGAGAGGAUCUAAUCUGUAAUUAAAUGAGUGCUUCAAAAGCCAAGAAUAUUUUUCACAAUCUCUACUUCCACCAUGGGACUCGACGGUUUUUACUUGAUAACCGCUUUUCAGAUGACUUUUCGUAUAUCACACCAUCGAUAACAACGAACUUCACGUCUAAUCGUGAAUCAAACUCUAGUACAGAGUACUAUGAUGCAAUUGAAUUUCAAGAAGAGCAUAGCCCAAUAAACAAAUUUGGAAAAAGACGGAGUACAUCGUUACCGAACAUAAAUUUACAAGGAAGAAACACUGGAAGUUUCACCUAGAAUCGAUACGAAACCCAUAAGACCAGUUGCCGUUUUAAAGCAAUUAUAUACGUAUUCUGCAAUUAAAUCAAAUAUAAAGCGGUCAGCGUCAUUAGUAAAUAAAACAAGAAGAAAACUAAAGCCAUUUAUAACCAUAACACCUGCGACGCCAUUGUAAAUGUUAAAUUAAAAAGUGAGGAAAUAAUUUCUUUGCACGAAGUACCAAGCAGUUCCUUUACAUUAUGAGACAAAGGCGUCACAGACAUAACUAAUUUUCAUUUCUUCUAUCAUGAUACGUUAAACAUUGGCAAUAUAUACUUUGACGCUGGAAAGCGUUAUCGUCAAAUUAAACUGACGAACGAACGAAUUCGCCAAUAAGAGAGGACAUAAUAAGCUACUUACGUAAAUGGGAACCGUGAAUUUUAACAUGAAGGUGAAUUCCGUUUACGCGCUAGAAUGGCGCACGCGCAUUCUAUAUUGCGUAUAGGAAAUACGUAAGUACAUAGAGAGAGAGAGAGAGAGAGAGAGAAUGGGGAGGAAAAUCGAGAAGAGUAGCUGGAACGUCGAUGAACGAACCACCCCCGCGUGGUGGUCUCUUUUGGCGCGUGGGUGCUUCCAAGGUCAUCGCAAGAGCGAAACUGCUACGACGCCUUCGUCGCGACGCCCGCGCAUAAAGCGUGGGUAGAGACUAUAUACGCGUGUACUUAUGUAUAGCUAGUGCUACACGCCGUUUCAAUUCAUCGAACUGGUCCAUUCACGAAAAGUUUCAACUAUCCUAUCCUCGAAAAUUCACGACACAACGAACGUUACAGCAGCCUUGGCCGAUCGAAACUUCCAAAUUUCCCUCAUAAUAAAUUUUGAGAUAUAUCGGACCUCGGUGCGAAAAAAAGCUCCCAACUUUCCUUCUGGAAAGUUGGCUACAUCGUGGUUUAGUACAGUGUCUGUUGAUGGAAAGUUUGACGCUUCGAGAAAAAUUCGUUCCACCGAAUUUCGUCAUGGUAGUCAUUGGUGCAAAGUUUUGGGCAAAGAAAGAAAAGGUUACUCUAUAACGUAGAAUUUUACAUGAAAACUUUCGUUUCAAAGUUUCAAUCUUAUCGGUCGAUAAGCUGUUUACAAAUGUAGCUAUCUGAUUGAAAAAAAUGUAUUUUUUUAUAUUUUUAAUAUUAUUAGAAUAUUUCAUAUACUUUGAACAUUUGUACUUUCCUGCAGAUUUCAAAAUUAUUAAAUAUUCUGCUAAUCACAUUCAUAAUUCGUACACGUUAUUAUUAAAAUGUCAGUUUGCUACAUCGUGCUUCUGACAUCAGGCAUUGUUUGUUCAUAUCAAAAUACAUAAACAGUUUAUAGAAAUUUUUUUUUUUUUGUUAUUUAUUAAAAUAACAAUCAAUUCUCGCGUUGAGAAUCAGUUUAUAGAAAUGGCUACAUUAAACAGGCAUAAUGUUAUUAUGUUAUUAUAUGCUUAUUCAGCGUUAGUGAAAGAUAAUUUAUUCGUAACAGUACUGUGACAUGAUAAUAUCCUUUAAAUUAAUAUACUUCGAUACAGACUUAUUCAAUUUGAGACAGUUACAAUUUAUUUAAUUACAUAAACUAAUGUGGUAGAGCGAAACGUACAGUAUAUUUUGAAAGAUAUUAGUCUGUCUAGAUACUUUGUAUCUUUUUAUUGUAUGAAGGAAUUAACUGUUUGCGUUAGACGUGAUCUUGCCAAAAACAAUGACUUUAUACUUUCCUGCUAAAUCCGCCCACAUGUGCACCCACAACUAUGUAAGCACUUAGGUACGCCCACGGAUCCUGUAUCCUACAACUCACUAAAAAGUUUUGAUCAAUCUGUCAUUUUAAAACAUAAGAAAUAUUUCGAUUGUCCAUAGUAAAUGUAAUUCAAAGUAAUCGUAAAUUACUUUGUAUAACUACUUUGAUAGAUUGUAUAACAAUUUAAUGAUAUAAAAAGAUGGCAUUAAAUGCUUAAUACUUAAAUGUGAAUUACGAUAAGAUCAUAAAUCAUAUACUGUCAACACGUACAUUCCUAUAAAAUCAUAGUUUCUCUAUCACCCAAAAUUAAACUUCAGAUAUUACAGAAAAAAAGAUGAUACUAAUUCAACCUUUCCUAUAUGUUUCGACAAUUAAGUAUGCUUUAUAAACAAAUAUUUCAUUCGGAAAAUUCUUUGCGUUAAGUCUCAAGAUAUUCUCCGUUGAACAACGAUGUUUCCAGCAAAUGAUAUUUCGUUUGCAGGAUAUCUGUACUUGCUGAAUCCUGAUCGCUCCGAUACGACCCAGAUCCUAUAAAUGAUACAUCCUGUACUGGUCAUAUCAAAGGAGAAAAGAGGGGAGUGUGUGAUAAAGCUCGACGAAGGGAGGAGACAGGAUGUUCUCGAUCGUUAAAGCGCCACAGCGCCGCGCCACGUGAUCCUCACGCCCAAGGUACUCAUUCAUAAACCUGAGGUUGCGCUAAUUCUUCAUACGUCAAUGUUACUACUAAUGGCGACCUUUUAAAAAGCGAAUCACAUGCAAUUCGGGAAUUGAUCGUGCCAACAACUCUCCAUAGAAAUAUUUUUCCAUUCAUAUCGUUCAUGUCUUACGUCCAGUUUUAUUUGCAUAUUAAUAGGCGCGUGGACUCAAAAGAGAACAUAUCAAUCACCUGAUAUGUUUAUAAGCUCGACUAUUAUUCUGGUUCGGUAAAUUAGCAAUUGACGUGAAAACUGAAGAGAAAUAUUCAGAUUUAUAUCUCCCACCUUAUUCUCUUUCCUUAUCUCUUUAUAUCUUUCACAUAAAUACUUAUAACACUUCCAUGAUUGAAAUCAAUAUUCAUUUACUCGUUCGAUUUGAAUGUUCAACAGGCUUCUCGUAUAACAUAAUUUUAAUUUUAGAUUAUCCUACGGUUAUCAAUAACUGGUACGAUAUUCUCAUAAAGAGUAUAAGAUACUGAAAAAUCAAUUUCAUAAAAUAAACUUCUAUCAGGAAGAAGAAAUUUAAUGAAAUACAUCAAAGAACUGUAAUUGUAAAUGUCUGACACAUUGUUUAUCUAUUUAACCCACCCCCAAGAGAGACCAAAAAUUAUGCAUAUUACAAAUAGCUCUAGCAAGCAUGAUUUCCAACAGAGAUCAUCGAUUGCCUUGUGCAAAUAAAAUGUCCACAUGGACCUAAAGGCACCAACUUCAGGAUCAUAAUUUAUCAUCGGUUUGCGUCCUUUGACGAGAACAAUCGUUGUAUAAAAAUCGUGAACAAUCGGAUAUGACACCUGUUUCUCCACAGAAUGGAGAACCUGAUUUGUCUGAUCAAACCUACCUUGGUUGAAGGUCGCCGUUGGAGGGAUAUAAAUAAAAGUAGAGUGGAUGUAUGAUUGUGAUUGUGUAGCUGGACUCCCCUCGCAUUGAGCGGUGGGCUCCAUUCAUGAUUUCCCCGCGCACGCGUCCUAUCGUCCCUUGAUAUGGAAAACUCUUCCGCCGAGUAUAUAGGUGCUGGAUUACGUAGCUGCAUGUACACGUACGCUCUGGAGGAGGUGACUACGAUUAAAUCGUCUGCGCCCUGGAAUGCCGCCACAGUGGUGAAGUUAUCACGACGAGACAAUUCCAUAUUGAAUUUCCCGAAGUGUUUUAAUUACACACCUACAGCGUCAUGGAUCAAAAACACAAUUCUAGAUUAAAUUACUUCUUUCAUACUCCAAGCCUUCCACACAUCCCAGGACCGGAAGAUCCGAAUGCAGAACUUCUUAGGUUGGCCAAUGCAUACCAGCCGCCACUUAUCAGACCCGAUAAUCCCAGCGCAAGUCCACCAGGCACUAGUGCAUCGUCCCCAAACAGCAUGAACUCCCCACCCGGUUACAGUGCAUCCCCAGAAGAAUGUCAGAUGGAUAAAUUGAUUACCACUUUAGCACAAGUCUGCAGCGGUAGUUUGAGUAUAUCGGGUAUAUCUGGUAUACCGGGUAUACCGGGUAUACCGGGUAUAUCGGGUAUAUCUGGUUCCCGCAGUAAUAGAUUCUUACAAGCUAAUGAUGUAUGCAAGGAUUGUACUGAGAUACCUUGCGGAAAGUGCUCUAGGCGUCAGCGUUUGAAUCUUCCGGACGCAGAGAUCGGGGCCGAAUGUGCUCCGCCGCAAGAUGCACCGGUGGAGACUUGUUGCAUACCUAUUUGCGCUGAGUGUGGAUUCCAACUUCAUCGGGACCACGCUACAAUUGAUUUCAAUAAAGCCAUUGAAGAAACUUGCAUUCAAGCGGGCCAAGUACUGAAAGACGCUAAGCUUGGAGUUUCGGUCCUCACCGAUGAAUUAGAUAAUGUGCAAGUAGCGGCAGAACUGUUAGAUCAAAAAGCAAGACAAGCAGCUGCAGAUUUGACGAUGUGCACGAAAAGAAUAGCUGUCGCUUUGGAGGCAAGAGAAAGAGAACUGUUAGACAGUAUAGAGAAAGCCAGAAUUGAAAAAUAUGCUGCGCUACAGGAAAAAGAGGAUGGGAUCAGAAAUGGAAUAAUGCGACUAACUCGAGCUGCUAACAAACUUAGUCAAAUUAUGGAGAACAAAGCUUAUAUUAACAAUCCAAUGAAUCUAACAGUUACCAAGGAUAUGGCUUCAGCUGAGAUUUUCCAAAUCUAUCAGAACUAUCGAUCCCUUCCAUCUCAUGAUGAAAAUUGGAUCUCUUUCAAUUCUACGGACAUGAAUGUAAUGGGCGCUAUAGCAGGUUUUGGAAGCAUUAUGGUGAAUAAUCCGGGACCUAUAGGCGAUCGACGACCUCUGAGACACCAUGAAAGUCCGCGUCCUAUGGUCUUUGAAUAUAGAUACUGUUUUUUAUCAGUUUCACCAAUUGGAGGAAGAGCAGUUGCUUUAAGUGAUUCGCCCGUCGUAGUAAAUCGAGGCCAUGAUGUGCCAACGAGAGCCUCAACAAUAAUUGGAAACAACGGCGAUGUUGAUGACAAUCUGUGCCGACCAUGGGGCGUAGCAUGUGAUGGAGAAGGACAUAUAGUCGUUGCAGAUAGGUCAAACAAUCGUAUUCAAAUAUAUAAACAAGAUGGUUCCUUUUUAAGAAGAUUUGGUUCAUAUGGUACCGGACCAGGACACUUUGAUCGCCCGGCUGGCGUAGCCGUCGAUGCACGUCGCCGUGUAAUUGUAGCUGAUAAAGAUAAUCAUCGUAUACAGAUUUUGACGAUGGAUGGCCAAUUUCUUCUAUUUUUCGGCGAAAAAGGCAGCCGCUGUGGUCAAUUCAAUUAUCCAUGGGAUGUGGCUGUGAACAGCGAAUGCCAGAUAGCCGUGUCCGAUACUAGAAAUCAUCGCGUCCAGUUAUUCAGUCCUGAGGGCACUUUCCUACGAAAAUACGGCUUCGAAGCCUCGCCGAAUAUGUGGAAGCAUUUUGAUUCACCGCGUGGCGUUGCUUUCAAUCCCCAAGGCAAGGUCAUUACCACUGAUUUCAAUAAUCACAGACUAGUGGUUAUCGAUGCUGAUUUCGUAAACGCCAACAUUUUCGAGUGCAAGGUCGCUGGUGGCAACAAACAGUUUCUGAGACCACAAGGUCUGGCAAUCGACGAUGAAGGAAACAUUAUCGUAGCUGACUCUAGAAACCAUCGAAUACAGAUAUUCGACAGGUCUGGUAUGUUGAUAAGACGAUACGGCAGCUACGGUAAGGGCGAUGAAGAAAUGGACAGACCAUCGGGAAUAUCUUUAUGUCUCGACGGUAGAAUCGCCGUCGUAGAUUUUGGUAACAAUCGUCUCCUUCUUAUUUAAACGAUCAAUCCGGUUGUAGGAAUAAGAGAGGGUGUGGCGGGAAGAAGGCGACAGUAAGAAUAAGAUUUUAUAUAUGGGGGCUAAAGAAAAAAGAAAAAAAAAUUACGCGACGAUUGCGAACACAACAACUGUUCGAUAUUUUAGAAGCAAGCGUGUAACGCUUUAGUCAGACAAAUUAUUAGAGACAUAUUUUCUUACUAAUUAUAUAUUUUAUGAAAAUCCGUAUAGAUUCUUUUCGAAACUUCGGAUUGUCUAUGUGCCAAAUACACAAGUACAAAAAAAAAGAAA